GUCGGUGACGGGCGCUCCUUCUCCUGAGCCUCUCUCUUCCCGCCCCAAACACCGUAAAGGAAGUGGUACGGUCUAAUGUAGGGUGAAAAUCAAGGCUCCUAAUUGCUAGGCUUUUGCCUGUGACUGUCAAUUUGCUCACAAAUGGGAAUACGUGGUGUGAUUUUGGCCGUACGGCACUGGAAAAUACACACAGUGUGGGAACAUUCCCAUUGCCUGCCUCCCGAAACAGGUAACGUUUCCUGCUAAGGAGGACACCUUCCUUCUUAAGGUUGAUACCACACCAGUGUGUUCAGUACUUUUUUGUUCAGCUAACAUCACCUUGUUGUGAAAACAAAGUGCUCUGUAGCUAUUGACUCAACAUACCUGUUUAAAAUGUGAGUAAACCUUUUCAAAAAAGGAGAUGGAAGCUGAGGACUCCAGGACGACAGAGAAGGUCCAUAGAAUCUAGCAGAAGAUAUUUGCUUUAAUUCUACUAGUAAGGAUCUGGUAUAUUUCACAAAGCAAAUCUUUAAUAAUGUAUUUUGUAUUUCCACAAAAGAACAAGGCAAAAGAAAUGGCUGUUUGAAGGUCAACCUCUUUUUUUAGUCAAUAUCUCAGUGUCGUAAUGUAUUUUAUUUCUGGAUUUGAAUUACAGAAGAGUGGUGCUUGUACCUGAGAAAUCAUGUUCAACUUCAGAUGCAUCCAGAAGUUACUACAGUACCUGAAAUUUUUCAUUUAUUUACUUAUUGAGAAUCUCAUCUGUGUAUUUCCUCUAUGCAAAAAAUCUUUUGCUGGUGAAAUAGUUCUUAUUACUGGUUCUGCAAAUGGGAUUGGAAGGCAGAUUGCCUUAAAAUUUGCUCCUUUAGGAGUGACUUUGAUUCUCUGGGACAUCGAUGACAAAGGUAACAAAGAAACAUGCAGAUUAGCCCAAGAAAAUGGAGCUAACCGGGUGUUUGUCUAUCAUUGUGACUGCAGCAGUAGAGAGGAUGUCUAUGAAAAGGCAGACAAGGUUAAAAAAGAAGUUGGGGAUGUUACUAUUCUAAUCAAUAAUGCUGGCAUACUGAUUGGGAAGAAGUUCUGUGACCUUUCAGAUGCAGAUUUUGAAAAGACCUUCAAAACCAACUUCUUCUCUCAAGUCUGGACUUGCAAGGCUUUUCUUCCAGCCAUGGUGGCCCGUAACCGUGGGCACCUGGUUAGCACAGCCAGUGCAAGCGGAUUGCUGGGACUCUACAGACUGACAGAUUAUGCUGCAAGCAAAUAUGCAAUCAUUGGAAUGAUGGAAGGCAUUAGUUCAGAACUGUAUCAUGCAGGAAAAUGUGGCAUUAAAACCACAAUCAUUUGCCCUUAUUUUGUUAACACUAAAUUAAGUAAAGGUUUCCAAAGCGCAAAACCUCUUUUGCUUCCUGUUUACGAUCCAGAGUAUGUAGCCAGCAAGAUCUUGAAUGCAAUUAAAAAGGAAAAGUUUUAUCUAAUCAUGCCUCCAACUUUACGCUUGUUGGGUUUGAAAACUUUCGUUCCUAGAAAAACAAUACUAUGCUUCGAAUCAUGCAUCAAGUUCCCUGAGAGCAUGGAUAAAGCCUUUGGUCAGAAGGAAAAGGAUUGAAACAAAAAUAUUCUGAAGACUGCAAGUGCCAUCGAAUUGAAUAUUUUCAGUAAAAAAUAAGUUUAAUUCAUGUUUAUUCUUUGACAGACAAUUUACUUCUUGUAUGAUAUUUGACAUUGGUCUACAUGCAAUUUAAUUCUUCAUAACUGUCUUUUAUGUCUUUAUAUUUGGUAAUUUUCCGAGUAACUUUUGAAAAAUCACUGAAAUUUAAAAUUAAAUAGGUAUUAUGUUAAGUGACUAAGCAACAACUUGGCAUGGACUGUAUUGUGUUCAGACUGAAAUUUCAAUAACAUAGCCUGAAAUCACUGAUUUUUAGUCACAACCCAAUCUCUCAUUUCAUGAUGGCAUGCUGCUUUUAUCUGAGGUCUCAAUAAAAGUCAGUAAGAGCA